UCCUGACAGAAACAUGAAGUUCUUGUCCGAGGAUCUUGCAGCAGCCUGGCGCACAUCCCUCACCUGCCUCAGCUCCUCUCCUCCGAUCUGAACACACAUCCUGUGAGAGAGGGAGAGGCUAAGGAGGAAGAGAACCAACGAAAGGGAAUCAACUUUUACGCACACUUCUUUAAAGACUUAUUUAUUGUGUUUUCCCCGUCGAUUUUUGUGUUGUUUUUUUUACGCAGCCUCAUGAUUUUUUUCCCCACGAAGGCAAACCAAAGAUUAUUAUGUUGUUUAAGGGAACUGGAGUGAAGGUGCGCAACAAGGGAAAUUCUCCAACGUUCCUCUUUUAUGGAUAUUUGUUGGCACAUUAAUUAAAAAUCUACCAAGACUUUAAUUGAAACGUGGUUUUUCACAUCAGUGGAGGCGUUUGGCCAUUAAAAAAAAACGUCAAUCCAGUGCCAAGAUCCUGAGCAGAGAAAGGAGUUAUCCGUAAAAGGUGGAUUUAUGUAACUAAAACAACGAAUUUAAUCUGGAUUCCGUUAUGUAUCUGUGAAAGUUUCCCCGAUCCGAAUUGAUUUUGUUCGGAAAAGGGGAGACUUUAAUGGAUUUUUUAUGUGGGACCCGCUAGGAUGGACGUGGUAGAUGAAACAGAAGCGUUACAGAGGUUUUUUGAAGGUCAUGAUAUUACCAGUUCUCUGGAGCCAGCCAACAUCGACACCAGUAUUCUGGAAGAGUACAUCAGCAAGGAGGACGAUAGCACUGACAUCUGUUUCUCAGAGGUCCACAGCACCCCAGGACCAAAUUACUCAUCUCCCCAGACAGGAGUGCCUUCCUCUGUGGGGUUGGUGUGUGGUGUGAGUCCCCCUAUUCCACUCCGGCAAGGAGCCCCUCCAUCUGGGCCCCCUAACUGUCAGAACGCCUACCCCCCAGGUCCAUCUCUGGGCCUCCGACACAACUACCCCUGCUUGGGACAACAGCAGCAACAUCAACAACAACACCAGCAUCAGCAGCAGGCUCACGUCAAACCUGAACACAGAGGCCACUACGCUCCAGGGACACUACCUGAGUCCCCCCCAGACUCCAGCUCAGAGCCGUACUCUCCGCAGCAGGUGAAUGAUCCUCACAUGAUCAGGACCAUGACACCAGAGAACAUGUGUCACAUGACUCCAACGCCGCCCCUCCCACCGCAUGGGCACUAUCCCAGCAUGCAUCGGGACAUGUAUCUGAAGCCUGAGCCCAUGAUCUCACAGUAUCCUAUUGGUCCAGCUACAAGUGGAAGUGGAGACAUGCAGCAGACUCAGAUGCUCCAUCAGCUACUGCAGCAUCCUCAGGGGCAGGACGGGGAUCCCUGUUCACAGGCCAAGAAGAGGAAACACUCUGACUCUCCAACAGCACCCUCAAUUCCAAAUCCUACAGGUCUCAUCAAACAAGAACCAGGUUUAAUGCAGGAUGCAGACAACGCCUACUUGGAUCCAAACUAUCAGUGCAUCAAAUGGCAACCUCACCAGCAGAACAAGUGGACCCCACUUUAUGACGCAAACUGCAAAGAGCUUCCAAUGCCAACCUACCGUGUUGAUGCAGACAAAGGGUUCAACUUCUCCUUAGCUGAUGAUGCGUUUGUUUGCCAGAAGAAAAACCAUUUCCAGGUCACAGUAUACAUAGGCAUGCUGGGUGAUCCUAAAUACAUCAAAACGAGUGAUGGCCUGCAACCCAUUGAUUGUUUCUAUCUGAAGCUCAAUGGAGUGAAGGUGGAGGCUAUGAACCAGUCGAUCAGUGUUGAGCAAUCACAGUCUGACCGCAGCAAGAGACCCUUUAAGCCAGUGCUGGUUACUUUGCCCCCAGAGCAGGUCACCAAAGUCACAGUGGGACGACUCCACUUCAGUGAAACCACAGCAAAUAAUAUGAGGAAGAAGGGCAAACCAAACCCUGACCAGAGGUAUUUCAUGCUUGUGGUGGCGCUGCAAGCUCAGUCCCACAGUCAGAGCUACACUGUGGCUGCUCAUGUAUCUGAGAGGAUCAUCGUCAGGGCAUCCAACCCAGGCCAAUUUGAGAGUGACAAUGAGGUAUUGUGGCAGCGUGGCCAGGUCCCAGACUCCGUCUACCACCAUGGGAGAGUUGGCAUCAACACUGACCGACCAGAUGAGGCUCUGGUGGUUCAUGGCAACCUGAAAGUCAUGGGCUCAGUGGUGCAUCCUUCGGACAUCAGGGCCAAAGAAAAUGUUCAGGAGGUGGACACAACAGACAAUUUGAAACGGAUUUCUCAGAUGAGGCUGGUCCAUUAUCAAUACAAGCCUGAGUUUGCUGCCACCGUGGGCAUAGAAAACACUGCAGAGACUGGAGUGAUUGCCCAAGAAGUUCAGCAAAUCUUGCCUGAAGCAGUGAAGGAAGGUGGUGAUGUGAUCUGUGCUAAUGGAGAAACCAUUCCCAACCUGUUAGUUGUAAACAAGGAACGUAUCUUCAUGGAGAAUGUGGGAGCUGUGAAGGAGCUAUGUAAGCUUACAGACAACCUAGAGACUCGUAUAGACGAACUGGAGCGCUGGAGCCGCAAACUGGCCAAGCUCCGCCGUCUUGACAGCAUGAAGAGCACUGUGAGUGGAGGCACUGUCAGUCAAUCAGGGAGUUAUUUCAGCAGAACAGGAAGCGGUCCACUCAAGAAGAAGACAGUCAAACCUGGGAGUAAGAACUCACCUCCAGAUCAGGGAUGCAUCAGUCAGAGGUUCAUGCAGGGAACCAUCCUGGCGCUUGUCAUUGUCAUGGCCUUCAGUGUCAUUUCUAUGUCCGUCCUUUAUGUGCUCACUCUUCACCAUAGAGGAGACGUCACAGAAAAAGAUGGCUAUGUUUCUCCGUGUGUUCUCUACAUCUCUUGGAUGCCCCUCUUCACUGCCACUGUUACUUUCUGUCCACCUAUCUGCCCAUGGACCAGAACUGCACUGGGAAUCUCACGGAAGAGUCCGUUUACGCCAUUGUCCACUACUCCAGCACCAGCUUGCUGUUCAACCACAGUGAUUAACAACCAAUCAGCAACAGUUCUAACACUGAGUAACAACCAAUCCACUGCAGAUUUAGCCAGCCCAGUUCCCACAUCAGGCACAAUAAUUAAAAAGGCCAAGUCCAGACCGAUGGACAAGGACAACCACAAUAAAAACCGUCUAAGUCACACUUCAGCACCCUUUUACUUUGCCAAGUCCAAAAAACCUACGUCUGCAGACCAGGAUGGAGUGGGAGCGACUAAUCGUCUGCCCAGGAGUCAACAGCCAGCACCACGCAGACAGCGCAGUCUAUACACUAAGGGAGGAAGGCCAGCUCCCUUUCUGACAAGUCUACAUAUUGUGGAGACAAACCAAGAAAUCACAGCACAAAGCUGUGCAACACCUGAAAGUUGCAGCUACACAGUGUCACUCACUAGGAACAGGAACUCCUCACAAAUCACUUUGCACAUGACGUCUUCAAACAGUGUGUGGGUUCGUCAAUGUGGAGCCACCAAGGGACGUUUAUGCCCCAACCACACAGAGGCAGAGGUGUACAGUGGACAGAGUACAUCAACAAAGGGCACCCAUCACCUGUGGCCAGUGCCAGUGAUGUCGUUCCAGGACGUCACCUACCACUUCCGUGUCUCCCUGUCUAGUGAAGUGAGCUGUGACCACGAAGGAGAGAGAAAAGUGACCACUUCAUACACUGACUACCAUUUUCUCAUUCAAAGCAGCUGUGUGUGAGGGGGAAGACGACGUGUCCCAGUGCCUUUUAGAUACACUACACUUCCCCUUUGUGGUUCCAUUUGUACCCUGUUGUGAUAUUAUAGGGCUUUUGCCUUAUUCUUGUACAUUAUUUUUAAGAUGAUUCAUAUGGAACAAACUUCAUCAUUUCAUCUGCCCACCCCCCCCCUUCAGUACAUAUAUGUAUAUGCAUUAAGACAUCUCUUUUUUUGCUGUGAUCACUGGAGUUUUAAUUGUGUUUUUUUUUUUUUUAUUUCUGUCACUGAAAGUUUCAUUUUUAGAUUGCUGUAAUCAACAUCUAUGUUGUCUCUUGUUAACUGUUAUUGUGAAAGUAACAUUCAUGAGUUUAUUAUUCACUUAAUUACUGAUCACUGUUUUCUUUAUGUAAUAUAAGCCAUAAUUACUUCUAAGACUUUUUUUUUUUUUUUUUUUUUUUUUUUUACUUUUAUGAAGAAUUCAACCCUCUAAAUGAAGACCAGGCAAAGUGACAUACUGUAUACACUAUGCACAUUUUAGUUUUGUUUUUUAAUACUACGAAUCUUUACACUGAAACCACUACUAACUGAAAACAAAAACACUUUCAGUAGUUGCUUACACUGGAGAUAAGAUCAUUUGCUACUGCUGAAGGCCUCAGUGAAUGGUUGUAACUUGCAUUGAAAAUAUACCUCAGUAGUGCACACUGGCAAAUCGAGGGCCCCCACAGUGGCACAUUGUGUUUGAGGCUGCUGCAGUCCACUAGACUGUCUACUGUCUCCUCACCCAGCCUCUGACUAAACACAGUACAGACAAGGAAACACUAUGCAGUAUUUGUAUCUCAGUUGCUACACUGAAACAUCAAAUUGUUAUAUAAAGUCUUUAAGCAUUGAGAAGCCAUCAUUAUUACCCCUUAAAUCACUGGAAGGGCUUUUGACAACCUUCAAGUCUUACUAAUUCCAGCAGAUUCACUGGAUGUUGUGAUUAAACUGGAUAACUAACACACAACAAAAAAAUAGAAAAAUCACUGAAACUUUUGCUCACAAGUGUAGUACCGCUCAAAAGUCUUAGCAUCUAAUUGUGGAAGUGUAAUAUAUUGAAUAUUGACAACAUUUCAAGACAACACUGGAAUAGCUCACACUGUAUUUUGCUAACUGGACAGAAUGCUGGCAAGGCAAAAAUGGCAUAUCAUUUAAGGUGCAUGCUCAAUCAUUUAUCUAAAAUUAUGUAUCUCAACUUAGAGGCGUUUAAUUAAAUUUUGCAGCUUCAUUGUAGCUUGAUGACAAGAAAAGAGUCACAGUGACAAAUAGACCAGAGAGAUUAAUGGAAAAUAUACACUGGAUUCUUUCACUGAUUUCUCUGGAAGAUGUAACAAUUUUCUACAUUUACACCAUGAAGAAUUUGCAGACUAACAAUUUUAAUACAACAAUCUGAACUGUUCACAGCCUUUAUGUUCCAUCAUCUUUUCUAUGGCCCCAUUUUCCACCAUAGUUUUGUUGCUUUAAAUUCAAAAAUGUCUGCAUUCGAUAUCUUAAACUUUACAUGGUUAAUCAAUAUCAAAUAGGAAACACAGCCAUCAGAUAAAUGUUUAUGGGAUUUAUAAUAAUAUAAAGACACUGUACAAUGCUUUCCAUAUAAAUGUUAUGACUUCAGUGAGUAUAGUGUAGUUUAGUUUAUUUAUAAAGCACCAGCUUGCAUAAUGAAACCACUGUAGCACUUUUUGCACUGUAUAUAUGAACUGCUUCUGCUCUCUCUUCAGUGCACACAAACUGGUUUCAAUAUACUCUGGUAGAAUACAUUACAUGUAACUGUAUAGCUUCAUUUUGUUACUACCAAUGCUCCCUCUGAUGUGUUUUAUUGUAUUGUUUUUAUAGUUCAUAUUUUUGUUGUUGUAUUAUCAGUAAUAUAUAUUAACUUUUAGGCAUUGGCUCCCAGAAAUUUUGAUUAGCAUGAACAUCCACAGAGAAAUACAUUUCUAUUCUUACCAUUAUUUCUAAGGUAAAAAUGCAGUAACACUAUGAGUCAAGUAUUUUAAUAUCACUACCUUUAUUUUUAGCCCACUUUAUCAUUACAUGUUGAAAGCCGUUUGUCAAGAAUAUGCUGUAAUACUAUGAAUGCAUGCAGUAAAUAAAUUUGUAAUUGACUUGUU